AUGUCUCAUCUACAGUAUUUCGACUACGAAGGAUUUGGUCAGAGGGUAAGGAAGGAUACCCACUACAGCCAGGCUGUUCGACUCGGAGAUACUAUUGAAUGUUCCGGCCAAGGCGGAUGGGACCGCGUUACCGAGGAGAUUCCAAGCGACUUGGCCAAAGAGAUCGACCAGGCAUUUGCGAACGUCGAGCAUGCCCUGCAGCAAGCCGGCGGGAAAGGCUGGGAGCAGGUCUACAAGAUCCGCUGCUAUUUUUUGAACAUGGAUGCGGCUGAGCACUUGGUUCGCAAUCUUCGAAACUACUGCCCGAACCAUCAGCCAAUAUUGACUGGCAUUGGCAUCCAAUCAUUCGCACUUGAUGGCAUGCGUGUCGAGAUCGAGGUCGCAGCUCACCUGGGCUCUUGA